AUGAUCCUAAACAGAGCUCUAAUCCUGGGGGCCAUUGCUCUGACCACCAUGAUGAGCCCCUGUGGAAGUGAAGACAUUGUGGCUGACCAUGUUGCCAUCUAUGGUGUAAACCUCUACCAGUCUUAUGGUCCCUCUGGCCAGUAUACCCAUGAGUUUGAUGGAGAGGAAGAAUUCUACGUGGACCUGCAGAAGAAGGAGACUGUCUGGAGCCUUCCUAUGUUUAGCAAAAUUACAUAUUUUGACCCACAGUUUGCACUGCAAAACUUAGCUAUAUCAAGACACAACUUGGACAUCCUGAUUAAACGCUCCAAUUCUACCGCAGCUCCCAAUAAGGUUCCUGACGUGACUGUGUUUCCCAAGUCACCUGUGAUGCUGGGUAAGCCCAACAUACUCAUCUGUCUUGUGGACAACAUCUUUCCUCCUGUGAUCAACAUCACAUGGUUGAGCAAUGGGCGCUCAGUCACAGAAGGUGUCUCGGAGACCAGUUUCCUCUCUAAGAGUGACCAUUCCUUCCUCAAGAUUGCUUACCUCACCUUCCUCCCUUCUGAUGAUGAUGUUUAUGACUGCAAAGUGGAGCACUGGGGCCUGGACAAGCCACUUCUGAAACACUGGGAACCCGAGAUUCCAAACCCUGUGUCAGAGCUGACAGAGACUGUGGUCUGCGCCCUGGGGUUGAUCGUGGGCCUCGUAGGCAUCAUUGUGGGGACAAUCUUCAUCUUUCAAGGCUUACGCUCAGAUGGUGCCCCCAGACAACCAGAGCCCUUGUGA